UCUUCAAAAGAAAAGAAAAAAAAAACAUAAUUUCUUCUCAACUAUCUGAUCACAGUAAUUGACAACUAUCAAAUGCAGAUGAUAAUAAUACAAACAACAAAAUUCCAAAGUAGAAUUUCUUACACUAGUAAGGGAGCUUGAAGCCGCAAGGUUGCAGCCGCCGGAGCAGGGUCAAACGAUACGGUGGCGGAAUUCGACAUUAAUUUGGGGUAUGUUUCCGAUGUUGAUUAAUACUAGCGGGGGAAGCGAGUGAAGCUUGUCGACGAAGGCGGCGGUCCGGCGGAAUUGAGUCCGUGAGAUUUGGGAGAAUCCGCUGGAUUUGCCCUAAUUUAUUUUUUUUCUUUUUUCGGCCUGUGUAAUUAGGUUAGGAUUCGGGUUGUACUUGGAGCCGGAUCCGAAGGAGACGGGUCUACACUACUUUAAUUAAUUUAUUAAAAAAAGAGUUGAUCGAUAACGUGCUUGUAUUGUAUACAUUCUUACAAGGCCUUCCCUUCUAAAAUGACCGAAAUACCCCUCCCUUCCAAACCCCACAGCUUAGAAAAUCAAAACCCACAGAAAACCGGCAUUUGAAGAUACCUCAAUCCAUCUCUAUUCAAACCUAAAACAUUACCGUAAAAGCAACACCGCUAACCGCCACGAGCUCCGACGGUUGCCGCGAUGAUAUCGGAUUCAGAGCUGAUCGAGCGGCUGCGCGAUGUCCUCAGCGUCUCGGACCUCAACACCACCACCACCGCCAUCCUCCGCCGCCGCCUCGAGGAGGAUUUGGGCAUCGAUUUGUCGGAUAGGAAGGCUUUUAUCAGAGAGCAGGUGGAUAUAUACAUGCAAAGCCAAUUCGAAAAUGAAGAUGCAAAUGAAGACGGAAUUGACGAUGAAGUAGCGCCGGAAGCGGCCGAGGAGGAGGAUGAGGAAGAGGAGGAGAUAGAAGAAUCAUCAAAUUCUUGCACUGUUAAAAAAGUCGCCAAGAAACGAUCUAGGACAAAGGACAAGGAGGAGGUCAAAAAGAGAGGUGGAGGGUUUACCAAACUAUGCAGCCUUUCCCCAGAGCUUCAGAAAUUCACUGGGGUACCAGAAUUGGCUCGAACUGAGGUUGUCAAGCAACUUUGGGCGCACAUCAGAGAGAAUAAUUUGCAAGAUCCUUCCAACAGGAGGAACAUAAUUUGCGAUGAUACAUUGCAUAAGCUUUUUGGUGUAGAUACCAUUGAUAUGUUUCAGAUGAACAAGUCCCUGACAAAGCAUAUAUGGCCCUUGGAUUCUGAUGGUGCUUCAGUAGCAGCUUCAGUUGAUUCUGCACCCAAGGUGAAGCAAAAGAAGCAAGAAAAAAAUGAAGAUGAAGAUGAGCCAAAGAGAAAAGGGAAGCGGCCGAGGGGUGGAAAUUCGGCCUUUCUUGCUCCUAUUAAACUUUCUGAUGCAUUAGUGAAGUUCCUUGGCACAGGAGAAAGUGCACUCCCUCGUUCUGAUGUUGUUAAGAGGAUCUGGGAUUACAUCAAGCUCAACAACUUGCAGGACCCAUCGGACAAAAGACAAAUUAUAUGUGAUGAGAAGCUGAAAGAACUUUUUAAUCUCGACACCUUCUGUGGAUUUACAGUUUCGAAACACCUAACUGCUCAUUUCAUAAAGACAGAACAGUGAGUUACUCAUAAAUUGUUUCUAAUGAGCCUCAAGUAGCAUUAGGAAGCAUUUUAUGUUCGAAUGACGGUACUUUCUGAGGCUAUUUUUUUUCCUUUUGUAAUUUUUUUUUUCACGAUAUGAGAAUGGCUUGAAGACAGUAUAACUGCUUCAGCAGAUACCUGGAAAAGAAGAAGAAAAAUCUUCAAUUUGUAAA